AUCAGAGAGAAACCAACAAAUGUCCAACCACAUCCGGGAGAGGAAGAGACGAUGUCCGGCUCAGAGGCUGGAUCCCCGCCGGAAACCCAAACCUUCGGAACCUCCAGAUUUGCCACAACAUUAUGUUUAUUACUAAGCAUCAUUUUAUACUCAACCAACCAGAGGCUGCUGAUCUGGACCAGAGGGAAACAGAAUCUCCACAAACCAAAGGGAGGGAAGAGGAACCAGAAGAAUAUGGAUCAGAACUGCUGCAGUUUGUCAAGAAAGAAGAACUCGAGCAAGAAACACAUCCUGUAACGGGAGCAGAUGGAUAUGUAUCUUUUGAAAUAAAAGAAGAACCAGAGGAACUGAAACAGAUGGAGGAAGAUUAUCAUCAAUUGGAAUCUCAGCAGAUGGUUGAGGUUGAAGACAUCAGUCAGUAUGGAAAUAAGGCUGUACAGGAGACGGAUACCUUAAUGAGAGGAGACUCUGCACCUGUUGAACUCAAAGAGGAACCAGUAGAACUAAAACCUAAGCAAGUGAAGGAAGAGGAGCAUGGAUCAGGACCUGAGCAGAUGGUGAAGAUGGAGGCUGAAGGCAUCAGCCAGAAUGAAGACCAGGAUGUACAGAAGCAGGAGACUGCUGGUACAGACAACCAACUACCAGAACUAAAUAGAGAGCAAAUCCUCCUUCAGAACUUCCCUAAACAUGAAGAUCAUCAGGAAAUAAAGUUUCAUGAAGCCUCAGGAUCCAGCAGAGAUGAUCAGCAACAGAAGAGAGCUCAGCCGGCCAGAGGACAGAGGGAGGAAGUAGAGGAAGGCAUGGAGGGCAGGGAAAUUCACAAAGUAAAACAUGCAAACAAUGUAAAGUGUGUGGGAAAAGUUUCAAAUGGAAUUUGUAUUUAACAACUCGCAUGACAAGUCACACAGGUGAGGAUCCUUUCUCAUGUGUAACCUGUGGAAAAACGUUCAAGCAAAAAUGUAGUUUGAAUCAACACAUGGUAGUUCAUU